GACCAAUUUCUAUGCUCCGUGUGACAGUCGGUGGUUUUGUGUACUACUCAAUCGAUGAAUGUUUUGAAAAUUAUUUCCAGGGGAUAAGCAUUGAAAAAUAUUUUUAACCGCCAAAAUGGCGAAAGACAAUAAAUUAUUCUUCCAUAAGACUGUGAUGCAUUUAGCCAGGGCUCUGGCGAAUAUAAAAAACACGCCCUGGGACAAGGUCCAGACCUUGUUUUCGAUGUGCGCGAUAGAAGCAUCUAACAAUUCAAUCGCGAUCCACUGUCGCGAACAGGAUGCCGUCAUCGCUUUGGGGAUAUAUUUCCUGGAGUCGGGUUUGCAGCACAAAGAGAAAAUCAUGCCCUAUCUGCUGCACCUGGCCAAAAGUUUGGAGAAGGCUACGUGGCUGGACGAAAUCAAAUACAACGCCACCGACAGGAUACCCAUGGCGGAAAAAUUCAGCUUUUGCCUGCACACUCUCCUCAGCGAUGUCGCAGCGCGGUGCGAGGACUACCGUAAAAUAAUAAUAGACACCCAAGUGGAAUGCUUGGUUUCUCUGACGAACAGCAUUGUCAAGCUGCAAGACCCCAACAACUGUAACAGCAGCGCCAAGUUGUUCCUUUGUAAAACGAUUGUUCCUGUCCUUAUAGGUCUCGCGCGUGCGAUGGGGCGGUUCUGCGUCGGUGACCCGCCCCUCAUAUGCCGCCUGUUUCCGAAACCGGAACCGCCGCUUAACCAGGCGGCGGGCAACGCGCGCGACUUCUACACCCGGAGCUUCAGCACGUUCCGGAACAUAAUACCCCGGAGUCUUUCCGGUAAUUUGAGCGCGACGGUCGACAUAUUGGCCAUCACGCAGGGAUACGACACCGCCGACGUCGCAUACACCAACUCGCUGAAGAAGAGCGGCGGCCCGUCUUCGAUAGGCAACCACCAAAACGCGUACGAUCCUACGACGUAUUUCUUUGCCAAGUUCGGGUCGAGUUUCAACCAGUUCCCGCAGCUGAGAGUGGAUGCGCAGAACGUAGCUGCGCAGAUCACGUUUCCGCAGCAGCAUCUCGCUACGGUUUUGGCGCUAACGAAGAAGCUGCUCACCAAGUCGAUGCUCGAGUUUUUGGACGAGCAGUCAGCGGAAAUUUACGCGACCGGGAAGAUACAGAUAUUUCCGUACAAAAGUUUUUCUGAGACCAUCAAUUUGGUGAUGGUCACCCUGUUGCGGGAACUGUUGCAGCAGCAGAACACUCUGCCCGAGCCCUUCACCAAGGACGUGCAGGAGUUCGUCAAAGGGUUGUACCUGAGCGGACAAACGGAACUGCAGAGCCGGCACCACGAUGCCAGCGAAAAAGAAGACCGAGAGAGCAAUUUUGCUCUGGUGAACAGGUUCAAGGCCAACGUAAUGGCUAACGCGGCAUGCGUCGACCUGCUGGUUUGGGCCAUAGGUGACGAGACCGGGGCGGACGGUUUGUGCGGUAGGUUGUCGGAAAAAAUCAACUCUAGUCACGGGUACAGGCUCGUGCUCGCCCACAUGCCCCUGCUGAUGGUCUGCCUCGAGGGUCUCGGCAAAUUGGCCCGAAAGUUUCCAAACAUCGCGUCCACUUCGAUUUACAACCUCAGGGACUUUCUUAUCGCGCCGUCGCCCAUCUUGUCCAAGCUCCACAAGCACGCGAACGAGAAAAACGGCAAGGAGAGCGUCAAAAUAACGGCGAGCGGUAACCGUCUGCGCGCGGAGACUGCGCAGUCGUCGUCUCCGAUGUGGACCGCGUUCGAGCGGCUCCGCGACGCGGCCAUCGAGAACCUUUGCCACGCCCUCGAGGCGGCCCACGUCCUCGAUCCGGACUGCGUGCGCGCGUUGGUCGCCUCCGUGUCGAACCGGCUCUUCACCGCGGAGAAGAGCGACAGCGAGUCGACCCUAAUAUCGACCAACAUCGUCAUCAUGCUCGGUCACGUGGCCGUUUCGUUGAAAGGCACGCCCAAAACCACCGACACCAUUCUGCAGUUUUUCCAGCAGCGUUUCUGUCGCGUGCCGUCAGCGCUCGACACCCUCAUCGUCGACCAAUUGGGGUGUAUGAUCAUAGCGCAGUGCGAGCCCCACGUCUACGAGGUCGUGAUGAAGAUGUUCACGAUGAUCACGGUGGAGAGCAGCAGCGCCGCCUACGGUAGCGGCACGAACGAUCGCGCCCAGUACAGGCACGUAUCGCGGGCUGUGAUAAACGCGCUCGCGAACAUCGCGGACAAUAUACAGGGCGAGCAACACAUGCACGAGUUGUUAGGCAGACUUCUAGAACUGUUCGUCCAGCUGGGUCUCGAGGGCAAAAGGGCGAGCGACAAGUCGCCAGGUGCAUUGAAAGCGUCCAGUUCGGCGGGCAACCUGGGCGUCCUAAUACCGGUGAUUGCGGUUCUGCUGCGCAGGUUGCCGCCCAUCAGGAACCCGAAACCGCGGGUGCACAAAACGUUUCGGGACUUUUGGCUGUACUGCGUGAUCAUGGGCUUCACUGCGUCCGAUUCCGGCCUGUGGCCGCAGGAAUGGUAUGAGGGCGUGAAGGAGAUCGCAGUAAAGUCGCCGGCGUUGGUGUCGCCGACUUCUAGCAGGGCGGAGAUCCGCGAGCUGCAGUACACCAGCGCGGUGCGCAAUGACAGCGUGUCCAUUAACGAGCUGCAGGAAUUGAAGAACCAGAUCCUGGACCUGCUGAAGCAUCCAGCCGACGUCACCGCUAUCGUCAACGGAAAGCUUUCGUUCGCGCAGUGCACGUUCCUGCUCAGUGUAUAUUGGGUGGAGAUGCUCAGGGUGCAGCAUUCUGGCGAGCCGAGCAUCAUCUCGAUGAUAUCCGAAUACCUCGGCGAUGCCGCUCUGCAGAAGGACAAGAGCGGCAUGUGGAACUGCGUAGCGGCCGUGAGUGAUCGCGUAUUCGAAAAGUUCCUCGAGGUGAUGAAAAACAGGCCGAAGGACGAGGCUCGAGAGGCCGACCUCGAGCAGCACGCCCAAUUCCUCCUGGUUAACUUCAAUCACACCCACAAGCAGGUCAGACGCAUAUCGGACAAGUACCUCGCCAGUCUGGUCGACAAAUUCCCCCAUCUGCUCUGGAGUAGGAAGGUGCUGUGGACGAUGCUCGACAUCCUCCAGGUGCUGUCCUACUCGUUGGAGAUCGAUCCGAAUCAGGAAACGCCGACUCUUAAAAUCCCUCAGACCCCCUACGCGGUGCAACUGAUGGACACGAUAGAAGCGCGUGAAUCCGUCAUAAAAGACUUCGCCGACAAUUCGGAGCGCAUCAUUAAGGAAGCGAUGAGGUGGGCGGCCACUUGGACCCGGUCCCACAUCCAGGAGUACAUCAAUCAGAUUCCGAGCUCCGGCAUGUGGCAACACGCGGGCCUCUCUCUCGCCCUGGAGUCUAUCCUGCAAUUCGGCCCUUUGAACUUAUUCAAUGCACCUCUGAGCACGACGACCCUGGUCAAACGACCCAAGUGCGUCAAGAGCGACUCGUCGAAGACAAUCUCCACGUCGGCGAUGAGGUCCAAGUAUACGGGCGAGGUGAUCGGCAUGUUGUCGGUGUUCGACUCCGCUGACGGCAAAGACCAACUGGCGAAGCUAAUCCUGGGCAAGGUGCGCGACGCGUGCGCGCAAAAGUCCGACUCUAUGCACCGCGACGCCCUCUGGCAGGCGACGGCGCUCCUCGUUUACUGUUCCGACGCGGACCGCGAUCUGCUGCAGUGCAUCGCUUGGUCGCAGGUGGAGCUGUUCAGCGUCGAGGCUAUGAGGACGUCGGUCGAGUGCUGGCAGUGGCUGAUCACUUCCAAGCCUGACCUGGAGACGAGGUUCCUGCAGGAGAUGGUCGCCGCGUGGAAAUGUACCGUGCACAAGAAGCUCGGGCUGUUUUCGGCGUCGACUCCGCAGGCCAGUCCGUUGGCCGCUUACGAAGGUUGCCACCUGGAACCUGACGGUCCUUUCGUGAGUCCGCACGUCAUCUGGGUGCAGUUCAUUUGCGAACUCGUGGAGAGCGUCAAGUAUAAUAACUACGAGAAGGUCGAGAUGAUCGCGAGUCUGGUGCACCACUCGCUGUCGAUGACGGUGGGCGCGGAUCCGCCAUGUCAAACGAGACACGUCUCCGCAAUUGGCGUGCGUUUCAAGUUGCUGACGUGCGGGUUGUCCCUUCUCCAAGGUGACAUCUUGCCCAAGAGCCUCGCGAAGAACGUGCUACGCGAGCGCAUCUACUGCAGCUGUCUCGAUUACUUCUGCAAACCGCCUGCGUGCCCCACCCAAACCGCCGGCGAACUACGCGACGACGUCACCACCCUGAUCCGUUUCUGGCAGAUGCUGCACUCCGACAAGAAGUACCUGAAAGUGAGCGACGUCGGCGAUUUGGGCCCGUCGACGACGCCGCUGCCCGGCGUGCACUCCAACGAGCUCGCCAGGCCGGGAGACUUCAAUCGCCCCGCCUCCGGCUGGAUCAACACGGUACCGUUGUCGACUAGUACCGCUACGUUGAGCAAACGAUCGACCAAGUCGUCGCGCAAACCUCCGAAGGCGGACAACUUCGUCAAGUGUUACCUGAAGAAGCGCAACCUCAUCCUCGAGUUGCUCGCCGCCGAGAUCGAGUUUCUACUGGUCUGGCACAACCCAACGUCGCGGAUCGAGCUUCAAAUACCCGGCGAGGAUAACAUCGCCUCCUGGCGGACGAAAACGGUCACUGAGAAACAGUGGCAGGACUACACGCGUUUGGCGUGGGACGUGUCGCCCGUACUGGCCGUUUAUCUCGCGACGCGGUUCAAAACGAACGAGGCCAUCGUCGGCGAGAUCAAGAACCAGGUCCAGGCGAACCCGACUGCGGUGUCCCACGUUCCCGAAGCGUUGCAGUACCUCGCGACGACCGAGGCCAUCUUGACCGACAGUCCGAAGCUCGGUCACAUGCUGACGUGGGCCCGGAUCACUCCGAUACAGGCGUUGGCCUACUUCAGCAGGCAGUUCCCGUCGCACCCGAUCUCUGCGCAGUACGCCGUCAAAGUACUGAGCUCGUAUCAGGCGGACGCGGUACUGUUUUACAUCCCGCAGCUCGUCCAGAGUCUCAGACACGACAAGGUGGGCUACGUGACCGAAUUCAUAAAGUACAUAGCGAAAAAGUCGCAAAUCGUCGCCCACCAGCUCAUCUGGAACAUGAAAACCAACAUGUACAUGGACGAGGAGAUGCAACAAAAAGAUCCCGCGUUGUACGAAACGCUGGACGCUCUGGUGGGCAGCAUCGUCGGCGAAUUGUCCGGCCCGGCGAAGCUGUUCUACGAACGCGAGUUUGACUUUUUCGACAAGAUCACAAACAUCUCCGGCGAGAUACGACCGUACCCCAAAGGACCGGAGAGACGUAGGGCGUGUCUCGAGGCUCUGAGCAAGGUCAAGGUGCAGCCCGGAUGUUACCUGCCCAGUAAUCCGGAGGCGAUGGUGCUCGACAUCGACUAUAAGAGCGGCAUACCAAUGCAGAGCGCCGCCAAGGCGCCCUACCUCGCGCGUUUUAAGGUGGUCAGGUGCGGGAUCAUGGAACUGGAGAACGUCGCCAUGGCGGUUUCGGUUAACGAGACCGUCGACUUGAACAUGGGGCCGGAGGUGUGGCAGGCGGCCAUAUUUAAGGUGGGCGACGACGUCCGCCAGGAUAUGCUGGCCCUGCAGGUGAUCGGCAUCUUCAAGAACGUGUUCCAGACGGUCGGCCUCGACCUCUACCUCUUUCCCUACAGGGUCGUCGCGACGGCGCCCGGCUGCGGCGUGAUCGAGUGCGUGCCGAACGCAAAGUCGCGCGAUCAGCUCGGUCGUCAGACGGACAUCGGUAUGUACGAGUAUUUCCUGAAGAAGUACGGCGACGAGAGCACCAAAGAGUUUCAGGCGGCGCGACGCAAUUUCAUCAUCUCGAUGGCCGCGUACAGCGUCGUCGGGUUUUUGUUGCAGAUUAAGGACCGUCACAACGGCAACAUCAUGUUGGACAACGACGGUCAUAUUAUUCACAUCGAUUUCGGGUUCAUGUUCGAGUCGUCGCCGGGUGGUAACUUAGGUUUCGAGCCCGACAUCAAGCUGACCGACGAGAUGGUCACGAUAAUGGGCGGCAAAAUGGAGGCGGCGCCCUUUAAGUGGUUCUCCGAACUCUGCGUGCAGGCUUAUCUCGCAGUGAGACCGUACGAGGAGGCGAUCAUUUCGUUGGUGUCGCUGAUGCUCGACACGGGUCUGCCCUGCUUCAGGGGCCAGACGAUCAAACUGCUGCGGGGACGUUUCAACGCAGGCGCGAGCGACAAGGAGGCGGCCAACUACAUGCUGAAGAUCAUACGCAACAGCUUCAUCAAUUUCCGGACUCGCACUUACGACAUGAUCCAGUAUUACCAGAAUCAGAUCCCGUAUUAAUUAACUCGUUCGGUAUGCUAGUCAAUUGGUUGUCGUUUUUCUAGGGGUGGCGUCUUAACUUGUACAUAUGUUGUUAUUGAUGAUGAUAAUGAUGAAGUAUAUACUUUAUUUAAAAAAAAAAUAUUUCGCACAAUCUUUGAACCCAAUGAAUCUUUGACACCACGCCAGUCUUUUGUUUUAUUAG